AUGGCAACCCCCGAAGCGAUACAAGUCAGUUCUUUACCGUUACCGCCUGUUCAAUAUAUUAAUUUGUACACGGACGAGAAUGUACGUCGUGGACGAGCUCCACGACCGCCACCGCCGAUGCACGAUAACUAUACCAUGUUCGGCAACAUGUUCAACGCGGAGGACUCGAUCAUCAGGCCGCUGGAGGCGCAGGGGAUCAAAAGGCUGUACCCGCAACACUUCGACCGUCGGCGUGAAUUAAAGAAACUCAACCAUUCUCUGCUUGUAAAUUUCUUGGAUUUGAUAGACUUGCUCGUUCAGUGUCCUGAUAGUCCAAGACGAGCAGAAAAGGUUGAAGACUUGACUUUGCUGUUUAUCCAGAUACAUCAUUUGUUGAAUGAAUUUAGACCACAUCAAGCCAGAGAAACAUUACGUGUAAUGAUGGAACUGCAACGUAGACAACGACUUGAAACGGCGAUGCGUUUCCAGAAACAUCUUGAAAAGGUCCAAGAAAUACUACAGCAUGCCUUACAGAUGCUCCCAGACACAGCUGAAUUAGAUUCUAAACUCGCAAUAAACACAGAUACUAUGGAGUCUGUUGAUAAUUUGGGUCUCGAGCAACAAACUUUAGAUCCAUGUAGUCCGAGCGACCGUAUCAUGUGCAAAGUGAUAGAUGAUGUUAUUUCUUCAAAUGGACUGUUUUAAGACGUUGCAUUGCUUCGAAAUGUUAACUAAUCUCUGAAUGGAUGAACAUGCUAUAAGUUGUACAUACUUACAUAUGUAAACUAUAAUAACAUACAAUGUGAUAAAUACAUCAUUUUUUUUAACGUUGCAUAACAUAUAUUCAAGUGAUCUGGAAAUAUAAAAAUCUUUCAGAGAUUUUACUCUAAUGAAAUAUAAUUAUAUUAUAAUAUGAUAUAAUUAUAAUAUAUCAUAUAAUUAAUAUUCCUUAAGUAGAUUGCGAUAAUUCUCUUGAAAUUACCAUUUUAUUAUUUGCAUAUUAGUGAUACAUAUAUUUGACAAAUUGUAUUUGACUCAAACAUGUAGUUGUAUUCUAAAUUUAGUAAGAUUGGUAUUACAUGUAAAUAUAUAUAUAUAGAUAAUACAUCUAAAUUUAACACAGCUAUACAUUGUAAUAGAUUAAGGUACAUGUAGACAAACAUCCAUACAGACGUUUACCUGUUUGCUCUCAGAAUCGACCGUUAAUUUUUCUCUUAAUGUUAUUCCCUCGUUACAUGUAAUUGGGUAAAAAAACACAAUAUGUGAUGUUAAAUAAUGUUAUUUAUUGAAAUAAUUAGAAACAAAUUCACGAAUUGCAUGUAACAAAGUCUUUUUACAUGGUAGUAAUGGAUAGGGAAAGGGAGGCAGAACAUUUUUAAACUCACCUCA